AUGAGGCUGCGCAGCAAUGAUGACUCGCUGCCAGUCACCCACUCCCAUGGACCCUACAACACCUCCCUAGCUUCGACGGCAUCGUCCUCUGCGAGCUCGAUCUUCUCCGAUGCCUCCUCUCAACAAUCCGACGAUACUUCCAUCUCCGCUUACACCUCGGACUCGUUGGAUGCUUGCCGCAGUCGCUUUAGCUCUUCCGAAUGGACCGAGUCGUAUUCUCAAAGAUCGGCCCAGCAGGUGCCGCAACAUAUGCGCCAGAACCCCAGACGUACUUCUGCCAGCUCGAUUUCCAGGACCGGAUGCCCUCCCACCUUGGUCCGCCAAGGCGAUCGCAAGGUCAACUUUGUCGAUAAUCUCGUCGAUUCAUCAACUCAAAUCGUAGAAGCGAUCUGGCCCCUGUCUUCUAUUCCUAGCCGCGCUGAAUUGGGUCAGCGAGCUGUGCUGCCGUUGCGCACUUUCAUUCAAGAAACGCUGCGCCGCUCCCGCACCAGCUACUCUACCCUGCAGGUGGCAUUGUAUUACCUCGUUUUGAUCAAGCCGCAUGUUCCCAAGCACGACUUUACCAUGGAGCAGCCCGAUGACGUUCUUGCCAGGCGCGCGCUGCAGUGCGGGCGUCGCAUGUUCUUGGCCGCCCUGAUCUUGGCUUCAAAGUACUUGCAGGAUCGCAACUACUCUGCGCGUGCUUGGAGCAAGAUUUCUGGUCUCGCAACCCAGGAAAUUAAUCAAAACGAAAUGGCUUUCCUGUUGGCUGUUAACUGGAAGCUUCAUAUAACUGAUGAUGUCUUCCAGCGUUGGACUGACAUUGUUCUCAAGUAUACUCCAUCACAGCCUCCAUCACCCGGUGGCAUUAGCUCUCCCUCCCACGAGGCCGAGGUACAGAACUGGAAGAAUCUUAUACUUCAGCUCACUCCCGAGCUGGACAAUGUUGGUGGAAUUGUCUCGGCCAAGAGCAAAUCUACCACUGGAGAUUUCCGUGUCAUGUCGCCUCGUUCUCUCCUUUCAGCAACCCGGGAACGGAGCCGUGUCUGCGGAAGCGAAUCCAACGAAUCUACCCCUACUCCCAGAAGCUAUGAUGUGCCAUAUACCAUGGAGCCAGCACCAAAGGUUUCCAACACACCAGGUCUGCUGGCACCUGCCCUUGGCUUACUGCCUACUCCGCGCCUCACACCUCAGUCUAGCGGACUUGGUACUCCUGCUGCGAGUACCUCGUCAUGCCUGCUUGGUGCCAAGGGCUCAAUGGGUUUCGCCAUGGCGCACGCGAGUGCUGCACAAAACUCGGAGAGAUGGCCCGGUACCCUGUCCACGUCGCCACUCAGCUACUAUCAGCCCGCUCGCCGUUCUUCGCUUGCCAAUUCAGUCUCUACAGCUUCUUCGCCAGAGUCUAUGGUUUCGGAUACUUCCCGUACCUCACGCUCUUCCUCAAUCUCAUCUGCUUCGUCGCUGGUCAGCGCGCCGUCAACCAAAUUGGAUGUACAGGCGCGAUGCCGCUCUGCGAAGCUGUGCAGUGAGAGGUAUAGCAUGAGACCUACCAUUGCCUCGGUCCGCGAAGAUUAUGAAGAGAACUGCAUCACAUCUUCGCCAGAGUCCUACACCGGCCCGGUGGGCAAGGACCUUAUGGAGAUGUCGCUCGACACUCCUCUGGCGAAGUCAAGCUGCGAAAACGACGACACUGCUGCCGACGCUGCUCGAGCGCUACAGGAACUGCAGAACUCAUCUUUCACUUUCCAUGCGGUCAAUACCAUGGCCGGCUCCAAGCGCAGCCGGCCCACGUCGAUGGAGUGCCCGCUUCAAGAGAACGUGCGCGGUCUGCUCUGCAGCGAGUAUGGUUCGAAGCGCAUGUGCUACUCGACGGAUGCAUCUAUUCUUCCAAUCACCAUUCCAUCGGUUCACCCUGCCAUGGGCGGCCUCGGCGGCCCGGGCAUGUGGGGUGGUAUUCUAUGA